AUUUUUUACCUUAUAGUUUUCUUAUUUUAAUAUGUAGAAUUUUCAGUAGAUUUACAUAUUUUCAAUAAAAUUAUGGUUUCUCCACAUUCACAUUCACUCAGUAAAGAAGAAAUUGCUCGAUUUAGUCGCCAGUUGAUGCUUAAAGGAAUUGGGCCAUCAGGUCAAGAACGUUUACGCGAAAUUCGAGUUCUUAUUGUCGGAGCAGGAGGUUUAGGCUGUCCAGUUGCUAUUUAUUUGGCUGCUGCGGGUGUUGGCAAAAUUGGAAUUGUUGACCAUGAUAUUGUAAGUGUUGAUAACCUUCAUAGACAAAUUGCACAUAAUGAGAAUCGAUUGGAGGAACCCAAAGUUGAUUCAUUAAAACAGUCAUUGCUUAGUAUCAAUAGUAAAGUGGAUGUAGUAGCGCUUAAUGUACUUUUAACUAGUAAAAAUGCUCAACAAAUAUUUUGUGAUUAUGAUAUUGUAGCUGAUUGUUCAGAUAAUGUUGCAACAAGGUAUUUAAUUAAUGAUGCUUGUGUACUUACUGGCAAACCGUUAGUUUCUGGUAGUGCUUUAGGUUGGGAAGGCCAAUUAACUGUUUACAACAAUGGACAGAAAUGCCCGUGUUAUCGUUGUAUUUUCCCUGAACCUCCCAGCCCCGAAAUGGUAACUAGUUGUUCUGAAGGUGGUGUUCUUGGCCCAGUUGUGGGUGUAAUUGGAAGUUUACAGGCGCUGGAAAUUAUUAAAAUUGCCGUUUUGGGAAAAUCUUCUUUUGCUGGUAAUUUGUGGCUUUUUGAUGGGUUUGAUGGAAAAACUAAAAUGAUUUCUUUACGUGAAAAGAUCGCUGGAUGUGCAAUUUGUAGUGAAAACCCAAAAAUUACAGAAUUACAAGAUUAUGAAAAGUUUUGCGGGUCUGGACCAACUGACAAAGUUCGUUCACUCGAUUUACUUCCAAAUGAUCAGCGAAUUACGACGGCAGAAUAUUCCAACCUUAGGCAUUCUAAAGGAAAUAUUUUGUUGGAUGUUAGACCACACAGCGAAUUCGAAAUUUGUCACUUGCCUGAGGCAAUAAAUAUUCCUUGGGACGAAAUGAAAAAAGUAAGCAUUGAGACUGUUAUCGAACAACUUAAUGAAGAGAAAGAAAGAAGGCAGGAAAAUGGAGAAGGAAUAAAUGUUUUUGUCUGCUGCCAUCGCGGCAACGAUUCACAACUUGCUACUCGACAUCUUCGUGAGCGCCUCUCAACUGCUGGUUUAUUGGGUAGCAGGUUUACCAAUGUCCGGGAUAUUUCUGGCGGUUUGGAAGAAUGGGCUCUGAAAAUUGAUGAUACAUUUCCACGAUAUUAA